AUGACAAUGACGAAAAAUCGGUUAUAUGAGACAAUGAACCAAAGAAUGUCCCUCUUGAAAGAGCAUCCAUCGUUAAUUGCAGCAACAUUGCUGGACCCACGUUUCAAAUCGAAGUAUCUAACUCCCAAUGCUGUUGACAUCGGAAUCACAGAAAUUGUAUCUUUUUUGAUCAGAUGUAGUAGCGACAGCCCGGUGAACAGAAAUGCUAUUCAUUCUUCUUCUUCUGCAGAACCAGUGCUGGUUGAAUCCAAUAUUCAGAAACAAGACGAAAGUCUUUGGGAUACCCAUGACGAUAACCCCGGCGGUACACCAUGUGAUAAUAAUGGAUAUGAUGAAACCUCUAUACUAAAACAAACAAUCGAGUGCUAUUUGUCGGAGCCGCGACUACAGCGGAAUGCCGACAUAUUUUCUUAUUGGAACUCCAGCCCCUACCCGACGUUGAGGAAAGCGGUGUUGAAAUACCUGUCUGCACCACCGACCAGUAUCCCCAGCGAGCAAAUGUUCAGUGCUGCUGGGCAAAUAUAUGCAGAUCGGCGAAGCAAUUUGCUAGGAGAAAAUGCGGAAAAACUACUUUUUUCAUCAUAUAAUAUAAGGCUUUUUGGUUAUGUUUACUAG